AUGUCUGGAAAAGAUCAGGAUACCAGCAUCAUAACUCUGGUGGUUGGUGCUGUGGCCGGGGUAGCAGCUGUAGCUUAUGGGAUAGCUUCCCUCUUUUCAGGCUCCAGCGGCAAGACCAUGAAAGCACCAGGAAGAGACUCCCGCAUGUUCAGGGCUAAUUUCGAGAAGAACCCUUCCGGGUACUUCCGUGAUCUUCGCAACAAGUAG